GCGCAGCAGCAGACAGGACCCGGGCUGAAGCAGCAGCAGCAGCAGCGCCGCCACAAAGGGAGCCCGGUGCCGCUCGGAGCUCCACUGACUCUCCGCUUCCUCCUCUCCCGGCUUCCAGAUGCUGCGGCUCGGCGGCAGGAUGUGCGCCUUCUCGGCCCUCGCCUCGGUGCUUCUCGCCGGACUCGCGGCGGCGUCUUCGGACCUGUUCGACAACCAACUGGGCGACAUCAAUUACUGCAAGAGGCAAUGCCAGCUGAGCAUCAAAAACAAGAGCCCCGCUAAAGACUCCAUAAUGAACGCCUGUCACCGCGGCUGUCGCCUCUACUCCAUCUGCCAGUUUGUCAAUGGCAACGCCGGCUUCAAUACCACCAGAGAGGAGUGCCAGGGAGCCUGCCAGGAGGCGUACAUUAAGCUGCUGGAGCAGGAGGCCUGCUGCACCGGCUGUGCCAGCCAACCAUCUGAACCUGAGCUCAAGAGGAGGAGGCUCAGGGCCAUGACUCUGCGCCCUAAGCCCCCCUCUGUGAUGGAGGCUGUGUCCAGUUGGUGCAACGACAUCGUCAGCUCCGCCCAGAGCUUCAUCUCCUCCACCUGGACCUUCUACCUGCAGGCUGAUGAUGGCAAGGUGGUGGUUUUUCAGAGCCAACCAGAGAUGGAGUACUCCCUGCCCGAGCUGCAGGCUCCUCGAUCCAACGUGGCGGACAAACCCUGGCCUCAGGUCCACUCCCACACCCAGAGACCCCACGGUGUGAGGGGACACGGCGAGAGGGGAGCCUCCAAAGCGGGGGCCAAAGGGAGGCGGCCCGUCCAGCACCCCGACGACCCCACGGCCGAGCACGACUUCCUCGGCUGCAUGUCGAGACGCUCGGGACUCCCGCGGUGGAUUUUAGCGGCGUGUCUCUUCCUGUCCAUCAUGGUCAUGUUGUGGCUCAGCUGUGCCAGCCUCGUCACCGCACCCGAGCAGCACGUCAAGACGCAGCUGAGCAUCAACGGGGACAAAGAGUUCCUGGAUAACGUCCACAAGGUGAACCCGUACCCCCUGAGCCCCGCGAUCGCCGUGUCCAUCAAGCAACCGGAAGAGAGCGAGGAGGCGGGGCCUCUGCCGGUGAAAGUUGACCUCAACAAGACCUGCGUUUAGAAGGGGGACACUUCCAGAGCUGCUGUCUUCUCCUCCCCCCUUCCCUCCCCACCCCUCCCCCCAGGAUGACCCCCGUCUGAAAUCCGCUGCCCGUCGGUGCAAAGGUGUAAAAACAAACGCAGGACUCAAAACCAGUCACCAGAAUUUUUUUUAAACCCAUUUCUAAGAGCACGGUGCCGUCAUGUCUCAAACAUCUCGUCUUGUUCCUCUGAUUGCGUUUAAUUUCCUUGUACAGCCCAGAUUUCUUCAGGCCCGUCCAACCCGUGUCCCUCACGAUCAGCCCGUCCACUGAUAGAUCAGUGCUCUUGUCUCACGCCGGACGGAGAGGACGGAUUACAGCUGAGAGCUUUCCGAUCAUCUUACCUGUCUAGCGUGGCCCAAAGAAGACAGACGCUACGGGGGGGGGGCAUUCUAGAUUUAAUUUUGCUUCGUUCUCACGGAGAGUUCGGAAUAAUUGGUGGGUUGUCGAAAAUGUCAAACAGAGAGAGUAAAGGAAGGUGGGCUCGGUACUUUGACAGCUCCGAGAGACAGAGAGAGAGAGCUGUAGGGAAUUAGUAAGAAUUGAAAACUAUGUUUUCUCCUUUUCACGUCGUAAAAUAAGAUCUCAGGUGAGUGGAUUGAAAACUGGACGCUGAGAAACGGCAAAAUAAACAACUAACUUAUUUUCUGCUCUAUUUAUUCAAAGUCAUCGACGUGGGUUAUCGUUUAAAUACUGUUAUUGAAAUGCCAUGUGCGGUUAAUUCAAACAAAUGUAAUCGAUCUGUAUGUUAAAUACGUUGCAACACAGAUUCGAAAGAGACGCAUCAAGAUUGCACCCGUCGCUGUAUUAUUAUUGUUAUUAUUAUUAUUAUUAUUAUCGCUCUUAUAUCACCUUGAGAGUUCUUAGCUGUUAUGUGUGCUUUCUAAUAGCUGCCUAUUUUGUAUGUUUUCCUAGGAGCGCACACGCACACACACACACACACUGAAGGAUAAGCUCUAUAACAAUGUGUAAUGCAAAGCUUUCAACACAGACUGCUGUUUUUGAACAGAGUUGCGUUCUUAGAGAAGAUUUUUUUGUUUUUCCUCUCAGUGCUUUUGAUGUCCUGUAACGCUCUCUUAUCAUCCAGGCAAUAAAUGUAGACAAUAAACCGUGCAUGCAAGUGACGCUUCGAUAGUUUAGCUUAACCGCCAAGCCAGUAUGGCAGGCUUCUACUGUAGACUUGUGUGAUUUUUAUUGUGUUACUAUUUACUGUACACACUGAAUAGAAAGCGUAAUAGCGGUCGCUGAUUACCUCGUGAUUUACGGGAAGGACUCUUGGUUAAAAAGCCAUUCAAUAGAAUGAAGAAUCUGCGCAGGUUAAAACCAAAGGUGUCACAAGGGGUAUGAUAUGAAUUUCAAACUGUAUUGUUUCCUUUUUACUGGUCUGCUCAUUUUCAAUCAAAUGAUACUUACAACACGAUGACAAUAAAGUGUUUUCAUUGUAAAUAA